AUGUCUGCCUCGACGAUACACGCAGAUGCCCCGCCGGCCGUGGUGCAGGACCCCGAAGGCCUCCAGUAUGAAACGGGCGUGCAGCUGGGCAAGGGCGGCUUCGCCAUAUGCCACCGCGCGAAGCUGCUGGGCCACGAGCAUCUCGGCAGCAGCACAGUCGCUUUGAAAAUCGUCAAAUCCAAAAUGGAGCCGCCCAAACUGGCGCAAAAGUUUGUGACGGAACUCCAGAUCCACUCCAAGCUCUCCCAUCCCAACAUCGUCGAGUUCUUCCGCGCUUUUUCCUUCGAGUCGAGCACCUACGUCGUCCUCGAGCUGUGUGAAAACGGCUCGCUGGCCGACGCCAUCAAGAAGCGCAAGUACUUCACCAUGCCUGAGAUCCGGCGCUUCAUGAUCCAGACGUGCGGCGCCAUCAAGUACCUGCACCAGCGCAACAUUGUGCACCGCGAUCUCAAGACGGGCAACCUCUUCCUCGACCGCAACAUGGAUGUCAAGGUCGGCGACUUUGGCCUUGCCGCAUUGUUGGUGUCGCAGAGCGACUACGGGGCGAUCCGUCGAACAACCAUGUGCGGCACACCCAACUACCUUGCGCCCGAGGUCCUGGAGAAGACGGGCAAGGGCCACGACGAAAAGGUCGAUCUUUGGGCGAUUGGAAUCAUGAUGUACACACUGGCCGUCGGCAGGGCGCCGUUCCAUGCCGCCAAGCGCGAAGACAUUUACCGAAAGCUCAAGGCGCGCGAGUACACUUGGCCCGAUCUUGCAAAGUUUGGCAACGAGAUUACCGACGACCUGCGCGACAUUGUGUCAUUACUGCUCGUCCACGAAGACGAGCGACCAACACCCGACCAGAUUGUCGCGCAUCCAUUCUUUAAACUGGGCUAUAUCCCAUUAGAACUCGAUAGCGGCUGUACUUCGAGGAUACCGAAAUGGCCCAAGAACCGCCCGCCAACCUCUUCUACCAUCAGGCGCGGAUACACGGAGGAGUGGUGGCAGCUCUGCAAAUCCUCCGCUGUCGGCGAGUACGAGCCCGGGAAAGCAUUCGGAGCAUAUGGCCGUAGGACGAACAAGACGGUUGCAAGGGACUGCCAAAAAGAAAUCGAAGCCGGCAAGCAACCCAGCAUACCUUUUGCUAAAGAUGUUGUAUACGUACCUUUCCCCGCGCGCGUGCAAUGGCCUCACCAAGCACCCGGAGGACUGAGCGAGAUAUCAGAAGAGAAGGAGUCAUCAUCAGAAGGUCAGGCACUUGCUGAAACCACUGGAAAUGACCGCACAAAAGCCCGUGUGCCAAGAGCUUCUAGGAGAGAGCAAGCGCCAGUCCAGACACUCAAGGAAAAUACAGAUCCAGUCCAGGAGCCCGAGCAAGCACCAAGGAUCUUGGAUAAGCAACCAACCCGCCUGAGGGCGGUCCGCAAGAUAUCGAAUCCCGGUCGUGUGACGGCAAAUACAGCGACAGCACCCGCUCCGCUACGUGUUCCUCGAGAAGCAAGAGCGACGACUCGUUCUAGGGCCGCGAAAGAACCUGUCAAGGAAACUUCAAAGACAGCUUCCACUGGACUUCCUGAUCUCCCGCCUCUCCGGGUCGUUAGGGCGAGCACUCGCGAGAGUGAGAAAUCAGAGGCCUCGUCUCAAUCAACGACGUCGCGAAGUGCUACCCGUUACCGCACAAUUGGUCCUGAUAUGCCUGCAACCGACCCGGCCACAGUAUUGGCACGUCUGGUGACUUUCCGAGACAAUCUCGAAAGAGUGCUGGACAAGAAGCCAACCAAGUCGAGGCGAGAGCAGCCACCGCAGCUGCCAUUCGUCGCGAAGUGGGUCGACUACAGCCGCCGAUAUGGUGUUGGGUAUGUGCUCAGCGACGGCAGCAUCGGGACGCUUUUGUCGGCAGAGGAGCAAUACCCGGUCACGAUUGCCUUUGCCACCGACGGAUACAAUCAUCUGCGCAAAGCCGGAGGCAACCGGGAGCUAGCGAAGAGCGUCGCGUUGAACUACUACACAACGGUCAAGAAGGACCGAGGACUUUCGCAGAUUGAGGUGCUGGAUGCGCGGCGCGUCGAAGAGAUCCGGACCGUGUGGCACAAGUUUGGAAAGUACAUGUGCGCAACAUUCGGGGACGAGGAGAAGCCGCUGCGCAAAGAUCCGCGGGUGAACUUUGUCCGCUUCUACCAACGGUUAGGUAACGUAGGCAUCUGGGGGUUCGACGACGGAUCGUUCCAGUUCAACUUUCCGGACCACACCAAGCUUGUGCUCUCGUCGGACGCUGGAUACGGACACUUUCUGUGUCUUCCACUAGACGCGACAUGUCUGCUUGAAGAGACGGGCAGCGUGCCCUGGAGACAUGUCAAAGCCCGGGCGAACCUGCGGGGCUCUCUGCAACAGCUCUUGUACGGCUCCGCAGACAAGGAAGACAGCUACAAGGAGCUUACCGAGAGUAAUCUUCUCCGGGCGAAGAUUGAGUUCAUCUACGCAGUGGUUGUGGAAUGGUGCCAGCAAGGGGGCCUUGGCUGCCUGGCAGACCCCAAGGUGUACUCUUGGGGCGGGCCGCAGCUGGAAGAAUCCAGACGGCUCGACUGGGCGAGUGGGAAAACCAACCGCGCAGCGCGCAAGGCCGUAGGCGGCCAGCCCGCCGCCCGGACAGCUCCCAAGUCCCAGUUCGCAACAAAGGCCGUCUUCGAGACGACCAAGAAGAAGGAGGUCGGCGUCUCCGACCUGACGCUGAUCAGCAAGAUCUCCAACGAGGCCAUCAACGAGAACCUGAAGAAGCGCUUUGAGAAUGGCGAGAUAUACACAUACAUUGGACACGUGCUGGUGUCUGUCAACCCCUUCCGCGACUUGGGCAUAUACACCGACCAGGUGCUGGAGAGCUACAAGGGCAAGAACAGACUCGAGGUUCCGCCCCACGUCUUCUCAAUCGCCGAGUCUGCCUACUACAACAUGAACGCAUACAAGGAGAACCAGUGUGUCAUCAUCUCGGGCGAAUCAGGAGCAGGCAAGACCGAGGCCGCGAAGCGAUUGAUGCAGUACAUUGCCAACGUCUCGGGCGGGAGCAACUCGUCUAUCCAGGAGAUCAAGGACAUGGUCUUGGCCACUAACCCUCUGCUCGAGUCGUUUGGAAACGCAAAGACACUGCGGAACAACAACUCGUCGCGAUUCGGAAAGUACCUCGAGAUUCACUUCAAUGGGCAAGGAGAGCCGGUCGGAGCAAAUAUCAACAACUACCUGCUCGAGAAGACGCGUGUAGUAGGCCAGAUUACCAACGAGCGUAACUUCCACAUCUUCUACCAGUUUACCAAGGCCGCUUCUGCAAAUUACAGAGAAAUUUUCGGCCUACAACAACCACAAGCCUACGUUUACACGAGCCGCUCAAAGUGUUUCGAUGUCCCAGGAAUCGACGACAAUGCCGAGUUCAACGACACGCUAAACGCCAUGAAGGUCAUUGGGUUGCCACAGGCGGAGCAAGAUAACAUUUUCCGAAUGCUGGCGGCCAUCCUCUGGCUGGGCAACGUCUCUUUCCGGGAGGACGAUCAGGGCAACGCAGCCAUUGUAGACCAAUCCGUGGUUGAUUUCGUGGCCUACCUUCUCGAAGUCGAAUCCGCGCACGUCAACAAGGCACUUACCAUCCGCAUCAUGGAGACAAGUCGCGGAGGCCGACGAGGCUCCGUAUACGAUGUGCCUCUAAACUGUGCACAAGCAGGCGCAGUCCGAGACGCACUCGCAAAGGGAAUCUACUUCAACCUCUUCGACUGGAUCGUAGAGCGAGUCAACUUGUCCCUGAAAGCCCGCGGCGACACUGCGCACUCGAUUGGUAUCCUCGACAUCUACGGCUUCGAGAUUUUCGAGAAGAACAGCUUUGAGCAACUGUGCAUCAACUAUGUCAAUGAGAAGCUUCAGCAGAUUUUCAUUCAGUUGACAUUGAAGGCAGAACAAGAAGAGUACGAGCGAGAACAGAUCAAGUGGACUCCCAUCAAGUACUUUGACAACAAGAUUGUCUGCGACUUGAUCGAAGAGAAGCGACCACCGGGUGUCUUUGCUGCGCUCAACGACGCUUGCGCAACAGCACACGCUGACCCCACUGCCGCCGACCAGACCUUUGUUCAGAGGCUCAACGCACUCUCGUCGAACCCCAACUUCCAGCCUCGCCAAGGCCAGUUUGUCAUCAAACACUACGCAGGUGAUGUGUCGUAUGCCAUUGACGGAAUGACAGACAAGAACAAGGACCAGCUACUGAAGGACUUGCUGAACCUGCUUGGCCAAAGCAGCAACACGUUUGUGCACACGCUCUUCCCCAACCAAGUGGACCAGGACAACAGGCGGCGACCACCAACGGCUGGAGACAAGAUCAAGGCGUCUGCAAACGACUUGGUAACCACUCUUAUGCAAGCUCACCCGUCGUAUAUCCGUACCAUCAAGCCGAACGAGAACAAAUCGCCCAAGGAAUACAACGACGGCAACGUGCUCCAUCAAGUCAAAUACCUCGGUCUGCAGGAGAACGUGCGAAUUCGAAGAGCUGGAUUUGCGUCGCGUCAGACUUUCGACAAGUUUGUGGAGCGAUUCUUCCUGCUAUCGCCAAAGUGCUCUUAUGCUGGAGAAUACACUUGGACGGGUGACUAUGAGACUGGUGCCAAGCAGAUCUUGAAAGAUACCAACAUUCCGGCCGAGGAGUUCCAAAUAGGGACGACCAAGGUGUUCAUCAAGACACCCGAGACGUUGUUUGCUUUGGAGACGAUGCGCGACAAGUACUGGCACAACAUGGCGAUUCGUAUCCAGCGUGCUUGGAGAAACUACCUGCGCUACCGGAUAGAAUGCGCGAUACGCAUCCAACGGUUCUGGCGGAAACUCAACGGCGGCAAGGAGUUUAUCGAGUGGCGCGACCAAGGGCACAAGGUUCUCCAAGGCCGAAAAGAGCGUAGAAGAUACAGCUUGAUCGGUUCUCGAAGGUUUAUGGGUGACUAUCUCGGCAUCGGCAACCAUGGUGGUCCUGGCGAGAUCAUUGCGCAAGCCAUCGGCAUGUCUUCCCACGAGGAAGUACCGUUUUCGUGCAGGGCCGAAGUACUUGUGUCGAAGCUCGGUCGAUCGAGUAAACCGGAGGCUCGUAUGCUGGUUCUCACCAAGAAGAACGUCUACAUUGUCAAGCAGGUUCUGGUGAAUCGUCAAGUUCAGAUCCAAGCGGAGAGAACAAUACCCGUAGGCGCCAUCAAAUUCAUCAGCUGUUCGACGCUCAAGGACGACUGGUUCUCGAUAGGCGCAGGGUCGCCAACGGAGCCCGACCCGCUCGUCAACUGCGUGUUCAAGACUGAGUUUUUUACACAUCUAACCAACGUACUGCGAGGCGCUCUGACGCUCAGGAUAGGCGAAACCAUUGAGUACAACAAGAAGCCUGGCAAACCGGCCCAGGUCAAGGUGGUCAAAGACCCCGCUGUACCGCGAGACGACUUGUACAAGAGUGGCACCAUCCACACUGGCCCGGGAGAGGCACCCAAUUCGGUGUCGAAGCCCACGCCCAAGGGCAAGCAGGUGGCGGCAAAGCCCAUCACAAAGGGCAAGCUUCUACGGCCCGGUGGCCCAGGUGGAGGACCGUCGAAGCUGGCAUCUCGCCCAGCGCAGCCGAGAUCUGUACCUCAGCCACCAGCUGCACCUCAACCCAAGCCUGUUCCAGCACCGGUUGCGGCAUUGUCGAACGGCACGAGCUCUCACACGCGCACCGUUUCGGCGGGCUCAGCACGCGCACCACCCCCACCACCGCCUCCACCGCAAGCACAUGCUGCACCGCCGCAGCCAAAGGAGCCUCGGUACAAGGCGCUGUAUGACUUUGCAGGCCAGAGCGCUGGCGAGCUGAGUCUGGGCAAGGAUGAGAUCAUUCUGGUCACGCAGAAGGAGAAUAACGGAUGGUGGCUGGCCUCGCGUCUUGACAAAUCUGCAUCUGGUUGGACACCAUCUGCUUACCUUGAAGAAGUCGCUCAAGCUCCCCCGCCAGCGCCACCCGCUCGCCCUGCGAAUGGCAAGCCCAAGCCGCCAGCGCCACCAGCUAAGCGUCCUGGCGCGAGAAACGCUGUCAAUGGCGAUUCGGGCAGGGAUAGUGGGUACAGUGGUAGCGGGGGCAGUACUAUGGAGAGCGCGAGAGACAGCAGCGGUAGCAUCGCUGGAGGACUUGCAGAAGCACUGAGGCAGAGACAGGCAGCCAUGCAUGGAAGGAAAGCCGACGAGGAUUGGUAGAUGAGGGGAUUGUUGAGGGGACAGUGGUUGAAUUGGUCGAGCAAAGAGAAGGCAGCAACUUGUCAUUGACUAGGACAGGGAUGGCUAUAGCACUGAAGAAUGAUGUGGUCCCAUUGGCUCAAGUAAGUGAUGCAUUUGACGGUGCACAUGACUUUGCCAAAAGUGUGCAUUCACGGGGACAUUGUAGUUGAUUGUGUAGAAAUUGAAACAUGUGGAGCCGUUUUGAAAAGAGAAGGGGGGCGGGCAGGAUGGGGCAUGGCUUGCCGGCCCGGACGUUCAGUUGAUGACCCAGAGACUAAACGAC